AUGCCUCGCCCCAAACGCGCCUCCAAGGCCACCUCCAGCCCCUACCCACCCAGGGUCUCGGGGUCCGCCAAGUCCGUCGCCACUAUACCCUCGGCCGGGAAUCGUAAAAUUCAGGAGGCCCUUGCCAAGCGCCUCGAAGAAGUCGAGGAUCAGUUCCGUGCAGAUUACGUCGAAAUGGUCAAUAAAACAUACGAAGAGAUGAGCGAGGCCAAAAAGGGCCCAAUCCGAUGGCCCCGAGAAAAGGGGUGGGAUCCUCGGUUGCGUGAAGACUUUGACGAUAUCAAUACAGAGAGUUAUCUUCAACGAGGGUUUCCAGUAGAGGAAAUCGACAGGGUGAUGGCCAAGUCAGCGGUGCCUGUAGGUCCUGUUCCUCCUCCUCCGCCGCUGCCUGUUCCCCCUCUGCCGCCUGCUGCCCCAGCAUAUGUUGCCCCCGGAGCUCCCGGUUGGAACCCACUGGGGAAUUUUUCGCGGCUCUCAGCCGAGAUUCGCAUCAUGAUAUAUGAUGAGAUCUUUCCCGCGGGGCGGCGUGUUCAGCGGCUUCAAAGGCAUGCCCCUGGACAGCCUGAUCGUUAUGGUUUGUCACUCCGCCCCGCGCCACCUUGGAUAAGUAUCAUCCUGGCGUCGUCGGUUCUGCGCGAUGAAGCUCUGGCCGUCCUGUAUUCCAGGAACAAUGUCAUAAUCCACGCCAACCUGCUGGACGAGUCACUACGAGACCCGAUCGAUACUUUCCCGCUGGUUUUCAGAAACACGGCAAGGCGGCUCACGUUCGCGUGGGACUAUGCUGACAGCGAUGCCGUCAAACUUGGCAGGCAACCCGGCAUCAACUUCCCUCCGGGGUGGACAACCAGGCGGUCCAGACAGCAGCGCGGGCUCCCUCGCAACCAGCCGAUCGACCCGCGACAGCCCUACCCGAUGGGGCAGUGGUACGGAAAGGUGGCCAAGCACACCAUCACGGUUGACGGGCAAUACCAGCAGACGAUCACCAUCUUCAGCGACUUCCCCAACACACGGCCCCUGUGCUUGGAUGCCUGGCUGCCCAUCUUCAACAGGGUGGACGCGGUCGACUACUGGCACUAUUUCGACUGCCACAUCGCCAGGGAGUUCAGCCGGUCCCAACUGUGGUGGAAGUACUCGUUCCAGGCCAACGAUCCCCAUGCGAGAGGGGUCGGUAGCACAAACAUGAUGUCGAAUCAACCCUUCAUCUUGCCCCAGGUCGCGAAUCCGCCCCUGCCGAGGGGCAUCCCGCUCAAGACGCGGGCCGAGAAGCAGCUUCUCCAGCAGCUUCUGGAGAACGGCGCGUUCUACUACGACAUGCAGCGGUUGGUCAACAACCCGCACUGGCUUCACUUGCAUGCUUUUGACUUGAGGUGGGGGCCGAUAAUCGUUCCCAAUGAUCAUGACACGCUCUUCUGGAUGUGGCAAAUGCGCCAGGCGGAGCAGCUGAUAGUUGAGACGCACAUGUUGGAUCCUAGGAAUUGGGAUCCCGACUUCCAGACUCGGGUAAAUGUCGGUGUGGUUUUCCCGCCGCCUGUGAUACCCAGGACGGGGAAGGGUUCGAGGGCGUUUAGGUUGGAUUAA